AUGGUAAUAUGCUGCGAUAUCAUGUCGUAUAUAUUUGGUUUCUUCUUUGGGAAGACACCACUGAUUAAGUUGUCACCAAAGAAAACCUGGGAAGGCUUCAUUGGUGGAGGAAUCAGCACAGUGGUUUUUGGCUUAAUUCUAUCAUACGGUCUUCUUCGCCAUCCGUUUUUUGUGUGUCCAUUGGAAGAUUAUACGGUGGAGAACUACAACUGCACCAUCCCGCCAUCAUUCGUUCUUCGGGAAUUUAGCGUUGGACGACCGUUAUCCAUCAUUUUACGCCUGCUGAACAAAUCUGAAAAGGUUCAAGUGUACCCCUUCCUUUUCCACACAAUUGUCAUGGGCUUAUUCGCUUCAAUACUUGGCCCUUUUGGUGGAUUUUUUGCGAGUGGAUUUAAACGAGCUUUCAAAAUCAAGGACUUUGGCGAUGUGAUACCCGGCCAUGGUGGCCUGAUGGAUCGCUUUGACUGUCAGCUGCUCAUGGGCACUUUUGUAAAUGUCUACAUACACACUUUUAUCAAAGUGCCGAAUCCGUCGAAACUUUUGCAGCAAAUUUUUUGGCUUCCAGCGGACGAACAACUUUUCAUUUUCCGAUCUCUGCAUGAGCAUUUGAUUCAUGAAGGACUGCUUGAUGCUUGA